AUGUAUUCCUCAGACUCACAAUACCCCUCAGUGGUGUGGAAGUGGGACUAUUCCCUAAGGUAUUGCUAUAACCACAAGCAAAUCAUCGUCGAACUCGAGACUGAGAAGGAAAUUGCUCAGAAAGCCUUGAAAACUAUGAUGAAGCAGCGAAACGAAGCAGACGCCCUGUUGGCGGCCUUGAGCAGCACUGUCGACAGAGGCGAAGCUCUCCUUGAUGACAUUGGCGAACAAAUGUUUAACGUAGAAUGCGAUUUGCAAUCGCUGCAAGGUGGAUUGGAGGGGCAGAUCUCAAACACGAGGUUCAGGAAUCGCAGCGAAACUUGCGACGAAAUCAAACCUGAAAUCGAGGAAGGCCAACUAGAGCUGCGACGGCUCUUGGAGCAACGUAAAGACAUCUCAGAGCAGUUGGAUCUCCAUCGUGACCAACUGUCGCCCAUACGCAAGGUUCCCCCAGAGAUCAUUCGUAUCCUAUUCCUCCUCUGGGCCUCUGACAGGCAUUUUCUCCGAUCCCCAACUUACGUUUCUCCAAAUGUUCUGACUGGCGUUUCUGGAAGAAUAUUGCACUCGUGGAUUGAGCGCUCUGGCUCCUCCGCGCUUUCUUUCUCUAUUGAAGAAAGAGAUUCAUUUUUUCGCAGCAGCCAUGCACGAGCUGAUCAGAACCCGCCCAUCAUACUAUACGGCAAUACGAACUCUGAGUACCUUGAAUCACCAGUCGCGUCCAUGCUCGAUCUCUUCAUUCCCCAUCACUUUCGAUGGCGGAAAGUCCGUCUGAGGUAUAACCGUGCAUUGCGUGGGAAAGUUAGGUUGGCUUCCCUCCCCAUGGACACCACUUAUCCUUUACUUGAAGAGGUAUACUUGGACGAAAGUUGCUACUCGUGGGCACAAGAAGAUGUGGACCGCAUUAAAUCCAUGAUGGUCUUCGCACCACGGCUGCAUUCCAUUAGCUGGCUGAGCUGGGAAUCAUACAGGACGCUUGCCUUUCCCUGGGAGCAGCUCACACACUUCUCGCUGGGCCUCGACAUCUCUAUGUCUGAGGGUCUUGGUUUUCUCGCGAUCUGUCCUCAUCUCAAAUCUCUGGAACUGAGACACCUUCUUCCCAUGUAUCCGGUCGGUAACGACGAUGGCCUAUUUGUCCACAACACUUUAGAACGUCUUUAUCUAAGUACCGCAGGCAACCUGGCAGCUCUCUUCGACCAAGUCACUCUACCAGCUCUGAAGGAUCUCUCGCUCUCCGAGGCGGACGGGGUCUUACCCACUGCCCUUGGAAUGUUCUGCCGCUGGCCACAAUCUCAGUUCCUCGCAUUUCUCCUACGUUCAGGUUGCACCAUCAAGCAGUUCAUCAUUCAGGAGUGCGAUAUCUCCGCGGAAGAGAUAGCGGAGUGCCUCGCAUAUCCGCAGAUAUCGAAGUCGUUGGGUUCGUUGUCUAUCAGGGAAGAUCACGAAAAGCAUCUGUGCGUGACGGAUGAGGUGCUCAGGCAGUUGACGUAUACACCACCAGUCAUCUAUUUAGAAAAGGUUCUGGGCAGUGGGGACGACCAACUGGUCGAGAACACCCCGGAGGUUAUCUGUCCGAAUCUCACGACCAUCAAGCUGUGGGGAUGCAUUUCAGCCCAGGAUGGAAAGGUCGCGGAUAUGGUUGAGUCGAGGUGGUUAUCCAGGACCGAGUUGCCCCAUCAUGCAACUCAGGACGGCGGCCAUAGGGUUUUUCGCUGA